AUGUCACUAUGCCGACCACCUAUCACGGCAUACCAUGCUUCGAACCCUCGAUUCGGAACUGCAUUAACGUCCUGCCCACCCUCUUGGUCCCUCGCCCGGUAUCUGCCAUGCGGUUCUCGUUCGACCAAGGACUUGGCGUGCCACGCCUUCAACGUCUCCCAGAAAACUGUGCGUGGCAAUGACAUGGUGUAUUGCCGAUCUUCAGAUGCAGGUUGGCACGUGGAUAGAGACAUUGUUUGGGUCCACGUUUGCCCGCCAGCCAGCCACGUCAGAAGCCGCUCAUCUACGGACGUACCCGCGCAUCGAUCCAGCGGAUACUAUCGAAAACAAAAUUCCAUUACUGACUCGAUCGAAACAGCUCGGGACGUCAUCAGAGAAGUCAAAUACAUGGCUUCUAUCCCGGAGCUUACCGUCCUCCCGUUCAUAGCUUCCUUUCGUUUCCUUUCUUUUCGAUAUCAAAUCUGGCCACCCCCUUUCCACUUCAUUCCCCCCUACUGCCCUGGUAGACUACCAAGCACUUUAGAUCGGACGCCGUCUAACGGGAGCUUCCGUCCUGUCAAACCUUUUCCAUACAUGGUGAAUCUGGAUCUGAAAUCGCCAUGUUUAAUAUUUGGGCUCCCUGAACGCCUUCUAAACGCCUCUAGUUGA